GACGAUGUACCAGAGCCUGGCCAUGGCGGCCAACCACGGCCCCCCUGCCGGAGCAUAUGAGGCAGGCGGCCCUGGUGCCUUCAUGCACGGUGCGGGCGCCGCGUCCUCGCCGGUCUAUGUGCCCACGCCGCGAGUGCCCUCCUCGGUGCUGGGCUUGUCCUACCUCCAGGGCGGAGGCGGCGGCGCUGCGUCCGCAGCAGCCUCGGGCAGCAGCUCUGGGGCAGCCCCGUCGGGUGCAGGGCCCGGGACGCAGCAGGGCAGCCCGGUGUGGAGUCAGGCGGGAGCCGAGGGCGCUGCCUACACUCCGCCACCCGUGUCACCGCGCUUCUCCUUCCCAGGGACCACUGGGUCUCUGGCCGCCGCUGCAGCCGCUGCUGCAGCCCGCGAAGCCGCAGCCUACAGCUCGGGUGGCGGCGCGGCGGGCGCCGGCCUGGCAGGCCGCGAGCAGUAUGGCCGUGCCAGCUUCGCGGGUUCCUACUCCAGCCCGUACCCCGCCUACAUGGCCGACGUGGGUGCGUCCUGGGCCGCCGCUGCAGCCGCCUCUGCGGGCCCCUUUGACAGUCCGGUCCUGCACAGUCUGCCUGGACGGGCCAACCCCGCUGCCCGACAUCCUAAUCUGGUAGAUAUGUUUGAUGACUUCUCGGAAGGCAGAGAAUGUGUCAACUGCGGGGCCAUGUCCACUCCGCUGUGGAGGCGGGAUGGGACGGGACACUACCUGUGCAAUGCCUGUGGCCUCUACCACAAGAUGAACGGCAUCAACAGGCCCCUCAUCAAGCCACAGCGCCGGCUGUCCGCUUCCCGCCGGGUGGGCCUCUCCUGUGCCAACUGCCAGACAACCACCACCACACUGUGGCGCCGCAAUGCCGAGGGGGAGCCAGUUUGCAACGCCUGCGGCCUCUACAUGAAGCUCCAUGGUGUCCCCAGGCCUCUUGCAAUGCGGAAAGAGGGGAUUCAAACUAGAAAACGGAAGCCCAAGAAUCUCAAUAAAUCCAAGGCACCAGCAGGUCCUGCGGGCAAUGAGAGCCUUCCUCCUACCAGCAGCGCUUCCAGCACCUCCAGCAAUGCCACCAGCAGCAGCAGCAGUGAAGAGAUGCGUCCCAUCAAGACAGAGCCCGGGCUGUCCUCUCACUAUGGCCACAGCAGCUCCAUGUCCCAGACGUUCUCAGUCAGCGCCAUGUCUGGCCACGGGCCCUCCAUCCACCCGGUCCUCUCGGCCCUGAAGCUGUCCCCCCAGGGCUAUGCAUCUCCUGUCAGCCAGUCCCCACAGGCCAGCUCCAAGCAGGACUCUUGGAACAGCCUGGUCUUGGCUGACAGUCAUGGGGACAUCAUCACUGCAUAAUCGCCCCCUCCUUCCCGCCUCAAAAUCCCACAUGGACCUGGGACCUGGAGGCCAGCAGAGAGCAAGGCUCUGGACUCCCCAGGGCUGGCCCCCGUGUCUGGUAAUGACUCCAGAAGAACAACUGGGAAGAAACUUGAAGUCGACGAUUCGGUUCGGGGAUGUAGGUGCUGGAUUUCCUCUGAUGCCUUUUCAAAGUGAGAGUGGGGGUGCUGGGACUGCCCCCCACCACAAGCACACUAAGUCUCUCCCAUGGAGCUGGAGACUGCUUGCC